UUUCAGUUUCUGAAACAAUUUUAAAUGAGUGUAAUUAAUGUGCUAAAUAAGAAUGGCAGUAAUGCUUUGUUUACUAUUUUUUCUUAGCCAUGCAAAGCUUCUUGUGGAAGAUACAAUACGAAGAAAUGCAUCUCCUAUCAGAGAAAAUGCUGAUACAUCAGAAUUAGGUGUGGAUGCUAAAGAACACACAGAAUUUGGUUCUUCAUUUAGCCAUCUUGAUAAUCAGUCAUUUGUAAAGAAACAAUUAGUUCACAGUUAUAGCAUGAGUGAUGCAUCAAUGAAAGAAUAUUGUAUUCCUGUUCACAUCGGACAUGAUGUCAUAAAAUUGUCUGGAAAUAAAUCUGAAUUGCUAAAAACUGCAAAAUUAGUUCUGACAGAAUAUUUUGCUGGGCAAACGAAGCUACAAGAAAAGCAAUAUGAAAGCUUGUCAUCUAUGAGUAUCCAGAGCCCUUCCGAGAAUAGUAUGCAAAGGUUUGAAUUACAAAGGCAGCCUUCAUUGAAAAAAAAUAUGUUGGAGUCCCUUUCUUCCUCCAGAAUGAAUGACAGCUCAAAACGAGAAUCCAUUUCUCCAUUUAGCUCUUCUGAUGAUGAUGUUGGAAAGGAUGAUGUAAAUAUUGGGCUUGAAAAAGAUAAAGCUGCUCAAGUGUUACCAUUUCAUGUAUCUUUGUUAAAUGCAGUUAAUACGAAGAAAACUCAGAGCUCAGCUCCAGUGGAAAUUCCGACUACACAGGGUAACUUCAAUCAAAGUGCUUCCAUCCCUAAAGACUAUUCAUCUUUUGACAGCUUUUCUGAUAGUCAAGAACAAUUUAAAGAAGAGGUCUCAUCCCCGCUAUUAGCGCCUUCACCAACUGAUAUACCAAUACCUCCACCAUCUUAUAAGAAAAAAAGUUAUAGUAGGGAGUUUCUUUUAAACUGUGCUAACUCACCAUUUAGCCAUAACCAACCAGCAGAUUAUGCUCAUAUUCACCAAAACUUCCAAGAUAUCAUAUGCAAGUCACCUGUGAUGUUUGAUCCUUCAAAAUAUAGACAGAAAGAUCCCCAAUUUGAAGAUUCUUCUGCUGAUUCAUACAAGUAGAACAUAAUUUUUUUUUUUUCUUUUUUUGGAACUAUAAAAAAAUUAUCUGUUUUUAUACAAAAAGCACUGUGUGUUAAUAGAUUUAUGAUGUUUUAUAAUCUUGUUAUAACUAGUAUUAUUGUUUUCUUUAAUUAAAUUUAUAUGGUUUUGAAAGUUUAAUAAAACCUAAAUAUUCAUUUAUUUACUGCUACAGAAUAUAUACAAAAGUAUUUUUCUCUUGGCCCAUAUGAUUGAUGUUCAAUAUUGUGAUAACUGAUGAUACUUGAUUCACAGCAUUUCUGUACUUUCAGGUUAUGUGAAACAUUUCCAAGAGUAAUUAUUUAAUUAGAAAAAUAAAAUUUAAUAACUUUGCUAGAAUAAGGUAGCAGAUAGCUUCAUUUUUAUAAGAUUCUAAUUUCUUACACUAACCAAGAAAUAAAUAAAGUUUUGUGUAAAAAAAUAACCAUAAUUACUACAUUACCAAUUCUACAAAUCUCUCUCUCUUUUUUUUUUUUUUUUUUUUAAAUGUUCACUUGACAUGUGAUGCAGUUUGCUUGUUAUGGCCUCUGGACACUUUUUGCUAUAUUUUAAUACACCCAAUUUAUUUACUCUUUUGCCAUUCUUUUUUGUGGAUUUUUGGAAAAUUGCAUAUGAUUUUUUUUAAAUCUAAAUAUUAUUUCUAUGUUUGCAACUCUGUAAAUUUUGCCAAAUAAAUAAACUGAAAAUUUUCUAAAUAUAGCCAACUACGAAAACACCAUUAGGUCUCAGCCAAGUUUCCUCUAAGUGCUGAUGCCAUGGAUUAAGUAGUUGAUGAAUAAAUAGUAAACUUUUAUUUUUAAUAAUGCAAAGAGGUUUUGUUAUUAAUUAUAACUGUAUGCUGUUUAUAUUUUGCUUAACUUUUAACGUUUGCAGAGUUUUGGGGCAUGAAUAUUAAUUUUCACAUAAAUAGUAGCCCAGAAGUUGUAUAAAUCUUGAUUAAGUUAAAUAUAAAAUUUGUUUAAUAUCUUGUUGAUUUUUGAGAUAAUGCUAUAAUUAAUUGCUUUUUAAAUAGUUUGCUGGGAUUUUCUAAAAUGUUCUCUAAAAAUUUCACUCUUCACUAUUGUUAGUGCCCUUCCAUGAAUUGUGAUUAAUUAAAUACAAUUUUCUAGUGAGUAUCCAAAAUUAGGUUAAGUUAAAAUGCAGCCAUCUGCCUCUUAGUCCUGUUUUCUGAUUCUGUUGUCUCUCGUGUUAUUUUGUCUACUUUUAAUAAUGAUUGAUAUCAGAAAAUGGUUACCACAGUCUGUGUACUUUAUCAUUCUGAGUGUCGCUUGUUAAUUCUGGGCAAAAGGGUGAGGUGAGUCCUUAAAUAAGUCAAACACUAUUGAUACUUUCAGAUAAUACUUUAUACUAAGCCAUGAUCAUAAAAUCCAUAGCUUGUAUGAUAUGAACUUUUAUUCUUUCUAGUUUUACUACAUAACUACACUUAGAAUCAGAUUAUCAAUAUAUAAUUGCACUAAGAAUAUUCCUUCAUAUUUUUUAUCAUGCCUAAAUCUAAUGAUUGUAACUUUCUUAAACAGUUUAGAAGAGUUCAAUUGCAAGAUAGUAAGCUGGAUAUUAGUCAAUAAACAGUAGAAUAUGGCAGUAUUUAACAGAUAAGGUUACUUCUUGAGAAUUUCUUAAUAAAGCAUCUCACCCAUAGCAACUUACAAAGAGCAUUUUAAAUAUAAAAAUAUGCUACUCUAAUAAAGAUUAUUUUAAUUAAUUUUUUUAAAUCUUUAUGCUGUUCUUUUUAUUCCGCAGUAAGUACUAGUUUAAAAUUGAUAUCUGAUUAUUUAAAUAUCAAGUUGCAAUAAAAAAAGGAAUUUAAUUACAAAUACUGUUAACAAUAAAUAUUUCAAGAAAUGUCUUUUCUAGAGAAAUAAAGUUGGGAAAUCUUUGA